AAUAACCAAUAUGUCUGCGCCCAGAAGCCGCGAGGUUGAAAAGUGUUUGUAAACACAAAUAGAGCCAGUGUCUGGAAACUGGACAUAAUUAUUGUCUCUCUUGUUGUCAUAUAUUUGUCGUCAUUGGUUCAUCAUGGCUGAACUCCGAGUGACUCCACUAGGGGCUGGCCAAGAUGUGGGUCGUAGCUGUAUUCUGUUGACCAUCGGAGGCAAGAACAUCAUGCUGGACUGCGGGAUGCACAUGGGGUACAACGACGAGAGGCGCUUCCCCGACUUCACCUACAUCACCCGCACAGAGAAACUGACGGAGCAUCUCGACUGUGUCAUUAUCAGCCAUUUCCACCUUGACCACUGUGGCGCACUGCCGUUCAUGUCGGAGAUGGUGGGGUACGACGGGCCCAUCUACAUGACCCACCCAACAAAGGCCAUCUGCCCAAUCCUGCUGGAGGACUUCCGCAAGAUAGCAGUGGAGAGGAAGGGGGAACAGAAUUUCUUCACCUCGGACAUGAUCAAGUCCUGCAUGAAGAAAGUUGUGGCCGUCAACCUACACCAGACAAUUCAGGUGGAUGAUGAGUUGGAGAUCAAGGCUUACUAUGCAGGCCAUGUGCUUGGAGCGGCCAUGUUCCACAUGAAGGUGGGACAACAGUCAGUUGUGUAUACGGGCGACUACAACAUGACCCCGGACCGCCAUCUUGGUGCGGCCUGGAUUGACAAAUGUCGUCCGGACCUGCUGAUCAGUGAGUCAACAUACGCUACCACAAUACGAGAUUCCAAACGAUGCCGAGAGCGAGAUUUCUUGAAGAAGGUUCAUGAUUGUGUGGAGAAAGGAGGGAAGGUGCUGAUCCCGGUGUUUGCCUUAGGCCGGGCCCAGGAGCUGUGUAUCCUGCUGGAGACCUACUGGGACCGCAUGAACCUCAAGGCCCCUAUCUACUUCUCCCUGGGACUCACCGAGAAGGCAAACCACUACUACAAGCUGUUCAUCACAUGGACCAGUCAGAAAAUCAAAAAGACCUUUGUUCAGAGGAACAUGUUUGAGUUCAAACACAUCAAGCCAUUUGACAGAUCGUACAUCGAGAACCCGGGGCCGAUGGUGGUGUUUGCCACUCCAGGGAUGCUUCAUGCCGGUCUCUCUCUGCAGGUCUUCAAGAAGUGGGCGCCAAAUGAAAACAAUAUGGUGAUCAUGCCAGGGUAUUGUGUGGCAGGGACUGUGGGACAUAAAAUCCUCAACGGAGUUCGGAGGAUAGAGAUGGAAAAUAAACAGAUGAUUGAUGUGCGCAUGUCGGUGCAGUACAUGUCGUUCAGUGCGCACGCCGAUGCUAAGGGCAUUAUGCAGCUGAUCUCUCAGUGCGAGCCCAGGAAUGUCAUGCUUGUCCACGGAGAGGCUGCUAAGAUGGAGUUUCUGAAGAAGAAAAUAAGGCAGGAGUUUGACAUCGGCUGUUUCAACCCAGCCAAUGGGGAGACUGUGAAUAUAGACACGCAACACAACAUCCCCGUCGACAUUGCUCUCAACCUGCUGAAGAGAGAAGCCUCAUUCACAGGUUCCGACCCUCAUGAUCCGAAACAGCCCCGAACCCUGCAUGGAGCUCUGAUGAUGAAAGGCAAUAAGCUGCAGCUGGUGGAGCCUGCACAGGCGUUCCGGGAGCUGGGCCUGGAGGAACAUCAGCUCCGGUUCACAUGCACUGUAUCUGUUGAUGAAGGGGGAACCGUCAUGCAAACUGUGGACAAGAUUUAUAAUCUCUUGAAGAGUGAUCUGAAGGACUCUUCCAUUCAAUACUCCAGUGAUGGCUCCAUCACCAUCCAAGAGUCUGUGCUUAUCAAGGUGUCAGGGGAUGAGGAGACAAAGGACAUGCUGGUGUCCUGGUCACAUCAGGAUGAAGAAUUGGGGAGUUACUUACUACAGACACUACGUACAACAUUUGUGACGACAUGAAACAAGGGGGACAACUCUUGAGAUUAUGAAAAUGAUUAUGAUAAGAAACAUACCUGGACAAGCUGAGAGGAGACAGUUGGAAGACAUCUGCUGGCAUCUCACCCAGCACAGUUAACUGUUGUCAGCGGUUCACCAGGAUAACAAAUAUGAUGACGAGUUGCUGUUUGUAAUGAGCUGUCUUCAACAAGACAUUCUUAAUAACCAGCUGCUGCUCGUCACAUGGAACUUACUUCUGAGUUUUUAUGAGUGCUUCUAGAAAAACUAUUUUUGCACUCGGAGCUUGUGACUCUUGACAGCUGGGGUUAUUUCGAGGGCUUGACAGUAUUUAUCUGCGGCUUGGCUUCAUUGUCUUCGUACCUAUUUAUCCCGGGUUCCUAUAAGUUGAAAGAAAUUAUGUGUGUCCAAAACUGGGAGAAAAAGCAAAAAAAGCAACAGGCUCCCCUGGUGUUCAAAUGGUUAGUCAGGGGACAGAAACUUUCAAAGAAAAAGCAUGCGUUUUCAAUGAAGAUCAUGUUGCUAAUGGGGCGGUCGGGUAGCCUUGUGGUUAAAGCAUUCGCUCGUCUCGCCGAAGACCCGGGUUCGAUUCCCAACAUGGGUACAAUGUGUGAAGCCCAUUUCUGGUGUCCCCCGCCGUGAUAUUGCUGAAAUAUUGCUAAAAGCGGCGUAAAACCAUACUCACUCACUCAUGUUUCUAAUGUCAGGUUUCUCAAUAUAGGAGCUGAAAACAAGAAUUGCAGAGGUUAUUUUGAAUGAAAAGCAGGUUUUGUAUGCUUCUGUGAAUGAAAAAUAAAAUAAAUAGUUUGUAAUUUGAGAAAAACACAGCCAUCGAAAAUUAAACCUUAUUUUUUCAUA